AUGAUCACUAUCUUCACCGAUAACCAAGCCGCGAUCAGAGCAUGCGCGUCACCAGGCAGGUCCUCCGGCCAGCAAUUCCUGCGACGAAUCAUACGCGUCAUCGAUCGUCUGCGUUCCCUACGUUACACAGUCCGAAUCCCCUGGGUUCCUGGACACGCGGGAGUGUGCGGAAAUGAACGAGCAGACGUUCUCGCGAGGCAGGCUGCCACUGAAGAGGGCUUCCUUCCCACUAAGAUCCUGGCGUCCACCUGCCGUACAAGGCUCCGCGAGCGGGCAGCAGCAGAUUGGAAGCGACAGUGGGCGACUAGCGAACACGGCGCGCUCGCACGCCGCCUCUUCUCCGAGCCCACAAAGGAGAUCUUCGCGAUGCAUAAACCCCUCCGCCGCGCCGGCAGCGCGGUGCUCACGCAGAUGCAAUCCGGCAAGAUCGCGCUAGCAUCAUACCUCUCUACCAUCCAGCGGUGGCGGGAAGACGCCCUUGAAGCAAAUCCACUGCUCAGGGAUCCCGCCCAAUGCAGCUGCCAGAAAGGCGCACAGGACGUUCAACACGUACUACUCCGCUGCCCUCGGUUCGCCGAACUGCGAUUUAGGAUACUCGGCCUUAUUAGAGACGAAGAGCCCUGGACCGUAUGGCUCACCAAACCUGAUUCCACAGCUAAAGCAAUCCAGUUCAUGAUGCAAACAACGCUCCUCGGUCAAUUCGGAGCCCUGCCGACCACAUACCAGGCCACCCGUGCGGGAAACGCUGGCCUGUGA